AUGCUCCAGGUCAUGCGGGUGCUGGUGGUCGAGGACGAUACGGAUAUCGCCGCGCUGAUUCAAUCGGCGUUUCGGCGUGCAGGCGCGACCCAUGUGGAGGUUGUUGGAACGGGGUCGGACGCGCUCGACGUCAUGGCGACCGAUCCGCCCGAACUCAUGAUUCUUGACCUCAAUCUGCCGGACAUCGACGGGUUUACCUUGUGCCGCAUGCUGCGCGCCCGGCGCCCGGCGCCGUCCGUGCCGAUCAUCGUCGUCACCGCCCGCACCAGCGAGGCCGACCGUGUGCGGGCUUUCGAGCUGGGUGCGGACGACUAUGUGACGAAACCGUUCGGGUUGCGGGAACUGACGGCACGGGCCCGCGCGGUGGCACGUCGUGCGGCGGGAGUGCACCAGGUGUCCGAGGUCUACGAGGGGCGCAGUCUCAUGGCGGACUUCGCGGCGGUCGAGGUGGCCGUGAAUGGCCGUCCGGUCAGAUUGACCCGUCGCGAGUUCCAGAUCCUGCGGUGUCUCGUCGAGAACCGGAAUCGCGUGAUGUCCCGGGAGCGGCUGCUGGAUCGGGUUUGGGGUGCCGACGGGACAAUCGAGAGUCGCACCGUGGACGUGCAUCUCGGGCGGCUCCGUGCGAAACUCGGACCUGCUGGAGGCCAGAUCGAGACUGUCUUCGGGUUCGGCUACCGGUUCGUAGAGGACGCGCACCACGACCGUGUCGACUCGUGA